AUGCCUACCAAAGUCCGUACCUUCGCCGCCCCAAGGCCUCUUGGUGAGACCCUGGCCAGUGCUGCUGUAUCGCCGGUAUCGUCGCAGUCGGCUGCUGCUGCUGCUGCUGACUCAGUGCCGCGCUCGCUGCCCGAGUGUCCUUCUACCAUUUCUACUCCUGUCAAGACUCUCACCACAAAGACUACCGCCAAGACUACCACCACCGCCAUCGCUCCGAGCCGGGACGCUCGCAAAAACGGCAUCAGCAUGGCGUCCACGCCGCAGCCCGAGCCCGAGCAAAAGUCCGCUAAGGGCGGCGUGACCUACGCCUAUCAGGACAAGCUGCCCAAGCUGCCCAUCCCCGAUCUUGAGCAGACAUGCCAGCGCUAUUUGGCUGCCCUCAAGCCCCUGCAGAGUCCUAGGGAACAUGCCGAUACCAAGCGCGCUGUUCAGGAGUUUCUGAGGAAUGAAGGGCCUGAGCUGAAUGAGAGGCUCAAAAAGUACGCUGAGGGGAAGACGAGCUACAUUGAGCAGUUCUGGUACGAUUCGUACCUCAACUUCGACAACCCCGUUGUCCUCAACCUCAACCCCUUUUUCCUUUUGGAGGAUGACCCGACGCCGGCCCGUAACAACCAGGUCACUCGCGCUGCCUCGCUCAUCGUGUCGGCCCUCGAGUUCGUGCGCGCCGUCCGCAAGGAGGAACUGCCGCCCGAUACGGUCAAGGGCACGCCUUUGUGCAUGCACCAGUACUCACGCCUGUUCGGCACGGCCCGCGUGCCUACCGAUCAGGGCUGCCAGAUCGAGCAGGACCCGGAGUCCAAGCACAUCGUCGUCAUGUGCCACGGCCAGUUCUACUGGUUCGACGUGCUCGACGACAACUCGGACCUCAUCAUGACCGAGAAGGACAUCGCCAUCAACCUGCAGACCAUCAUCGACGAUGCCUCCCAGAUCCCCAUCCAGGAGGCCGCCAAGAGCGCCCUUGGCGUGCUCAGCACCGAGAACCGCAAGGUCUGGUCUGGCCUGCGCGAGGUGCUGACUCGCGAACCCGGCUCCAACAACGCCGACUGCCUCAGCAUCGUCGACACCGCCCUCUUUGUCGUCUGCCUCGACUACACCGAGCCCGCCACCGCCGCUGAGCUGUGCCAGAACAUGCUCUGCGGCACCAGUCAGAUUGAGAAGGGCGUGCAGAUCGGCACGUGCACCAACCGCUGGUACGACAAGCUGCAGAUCAUCGUCUGCAAGAACGGUAGUGCGGGCAUCAACUUCGAGCAUACCGGCGUCGACGGCCACACCGUCUUGCGUUUCGCCUCCGACGUCUACACCGACACCAUCCUGCGCUUCGCGCGGACCAUUAACGGCAAGGCCCCGACCCUCUGGGCGUCUACCUCCCCCGACCCGUCGAAGCGUGAUCCUGAGAGUUUCGGCGACGUCAAGACCAUCCCGCACAAGCUGGAGUGGGAUCUCAUCCCCGAGCUGCGCGUCGCGGUCCGGUUUGCGGAGACCCGCCUCGCCGAUCUCAUCGAGCAGCACGAGUUCCAGUGUCUCGAUUUCAGUGCCUACGGCAAAAACUUUAUUACCUCCAUGGGCUUCUCUCCCGACGCAUUCGUGCAGAUGGCCUUCCAGGCGGCGUACUACGGUCUGUAUGGUCGCGUGGAGUGUACGUAUGAGCCGGCCAUGACGAAGAUGUACCUCCACGGACGCACCGAGGCUAUCCGCACGGUCUCUGAGGAGUCGGUCCAAUUCGUCCAGACCUUCUGGGGCGAGCACCCCGCCGAAGUGAAGAUCGAGGCCCUCCGCAGGGCGUGCGCACGGCAUGUGGCUACCACGCGUGAGUGCGCCAAGGCGCAGGGGUGUGAUAGGCAUCUGUAUGCCCUCUUCUGUUUGUGGCAGCGCCUGGCAGAGGAAGAGGCUGCGGCGGAGGAGGGGCUGAGCAGCGUCGGCGGGCAUUCGAGCCCGCGGGACGGGAUGUCGGAGGGCGGGGACUCGAUCGUCGGAAGUCCUGGUGCCCACGGCGAUGAGCCGUCGUACCUCCUCGACGGGGAAUAUACCUCCUCCUCCACCACCACCACCGCCACCUCCUCCUCCCGGCAGAGAAACGGCGGGCUGACCUCGCCGACGCUGUCCUCGAGCACGAACCGCCCCCGCAACGACUCCAUCACCUCUUCCAUCUCCUCCCGUUCUAACCGUAGAGAAUACCGCCCCAUGCCCGCCAUCUUCGCCGACCCCGGCUGGGACAAACUCAACGCCACCGUCCUCUCCACCUCCAACUGCGGUAACCCCUCGCUCAGACAGUUCGGCUUCGGCCCGGUGUCGGGAGACGGCUUUGGCAUUGGGUAUAUCAUCAAGGACGAGGGGAUAAGUAUCUGCGUCUCGUCGCGGCAUCGGCAGACGAAAAGGUUCGUGGAGACGAUCGAGUCAUAUUUGCUCGAGGUGAGGAGGAUGUUGAGGGUGGUGAGUGCGCUGCAGGGGGGGCAACUGGGGAAGCCGAGGGGCGGGGUGAGUCGGGUCAGGGAGAUCGAGGCGCGCUUGAACGGCUUGACUAUCAAUGGGAAGAACGGGGUGAAUGGCGGCGUGGUGACGAGCGCACCUGGCGGUGCGGUUGGCGGGAAUCACGCCGGUAGUAAUAGCAGGGCGAAGUUCCAACGGGGGAGGUUGAUCACCGGGCUGCCGUCGACAGGAUCGCUAGAUAAGAGUGGCGGGUGUGCGAGCCCGACGGAGGAGAGUUUGGUGUUUAGUGAGGAUGACGAAUUGGGGGGGUACGGGUUCUUCGACUCCGGUAUGCUGAUGCACGCACUCAGGGGGCGUGAUGAAAAGCAUCAUCAUCAUCAUCAUCACCAACAGCAGGAGGAGUGGGACAGAAGUGCGGCGGCGCAGGCUAGGAGAAGGGAUGUGGGAAGGAAAUUGAGGUUAGUGGAUUAUUAG